CACCCAACAUCUUUCUUCCUAAACAAAUACAGUUCAUUCAUGUCGCUUACGCACUUUCUCAACCUGCAAUUUCCACAAUCUUCUUCACCUAAUCCAAAAAUUGGCUUUUAGAUCACCACUCAGACACUUGAAAGCCAUAAAGAUGCCCAACGAUAGAAGAUCUUCGUCGCAUAGGUAUAGGGCGUCUCCAUAUACCCGUUACAACAAGAAUUCUAACAAAAGGACACCCAAAUCUCCAUCUCUACCGAUCGGGAACGAGAACGAAUGGGAAGAAACCAGAUGUUGUAUCUGUAUGGAACACCCUCACAACGCCGUCCUUUUAGUCUGUUCGUCACGUGAAAAAGGAUGUCUCCCGUACAUCUGCGACACAAGCGCGCGCCACUCGAACUGUCUCGAUCAGUUUCAGAAGAUGUUGAACGACGACGGAGAACAAACCGCACAAACCAAGCUUGUUUGCCCGCUUUGCAGAGGUCAAAUCAACAAGUGGAUUGUGGUCAACCGUGCUCGCGAGUUCAUGAACUCGAAAACGAGAAGCUGUUCAUUGGGUACUUGUGAUUUUUCCGGAAAUUAUUCGCAGUUAAGGAAACAUGCGAGGCGUGAACACCCACGUGUUAGACCGACAGACGUAGACCCGGAACGUGAACUCGAGUGGACGAAAUUGGAACAAGAUAUGGAGCAGCAAGAUAUGCUCAGUAUGCAGUUCGAGUUUGACGAUGAUGAUUAUGACGACGAGGCGAUUGCGAUCAUGGACGGUGUUUACGAGCUCGCUAGCCCGAACUGGGAUCCGGAUAUGAACAUGUUGAACUUUUUUAGCGCUUUCGAAGCGGAAUUCGGAAGUUUUUUUCCAGAGUUAGAUUCGCCAGCAGAUAACAGUAAUCUGUUUUUGGAUGAUUGGGAUAACAGAGAUAACGGGGUUAACUUAUCAUCAUCACCAUCACCGUCAUCACAUGAGUCGGAGAUCGAAGAAUCUGGUAGGUCAAGAGGACCGACUAGUACUCAUAACGCAGGUGCGCCUAGAGAGAAUGCACGAGCCACUAGAAGCAGAACCAAUACGCGUGGCCGACAGAGGUCAAAUGGUCCACCGAGUUCGCAUAACCGUCAAGAACAAGUAACCACAUUGGUUGAUUUCCAUGAGCUUAGGUCAAACAUGCCUUAAUUUUAUCAAGGGAUUCUGGGUCAGGUUCAGUUAUGUGUGUUUUUAAAUUAGAUUUGCUGUCUUUGUCAUAUUUGUAUUCUGAUUUACUUCUUGGCUUGUAGAACUUAUUGUAGUUUAUGUAUUAAAAAGAUUUUAUAGAUUGAAACCAAAAACCAAGCCAUUGGUUAACGAAUUGGAUCGUUGGUUGUCUCGCUAAUAAAACUGUUUAGCCAAA